AUUGUUCUCAUCCCGUUCUAAAUGACGGUGGCGUGAUUUAUAAUGAGCUGUAAAAAUAGGCCUUCAGUACAACGUUGAGAUGGUGUCAGUUUUGAACCAGGAGAGUAGAAUUGUGUUUGCUGCUCUGUACUGUUUUCGGGAAGAAAUGUAGGUGCUGGAAGCACUCAGCUCUGUCCUAGAAGUUCCCCAGCUUUAUACUCCAGCGUGACCGUUUGGGGAGGCCGGUCGGGGUUGCCCUGUCGCGGCCUGUGCUGCAGACGGGUAGUUACCACAGUGUGCAAGAAGGGCCGUCUCUCUGCCACGGUGAAGACAGGUGAAGGGGGAAAAGGGUGCCUGAAUACUGAUGAAUGAGCUGUGAUGGAUAACAAAGACUCAGAAGCUGAGAUCCACCCUCUGAAGAAUGAGGAUGUAAAAGCUCAAGAGAACCAUGAAAACUCUGUUGAGAGAAGAGUUGGCAGCAAGCAGUCAUCGCGACUGUCUCAGCUGUCCCGCUGGCGCACUGCUGCCUUCUUCAUCUCAUUAUUUCUGUGUUUGAUAAUUGUGUUCGCUUUCUCGUUUGUCAUUCCUUGCCCAGAGAGGCCUGUUUCUGAACGAACGUGGUUCCAAAACUAUGACAAUGCAGUGGCCUACCACUUUCUGGCUAUAGAAGAUGUGAACAAGGACAAAGUGCAAGAUGUCAUCUUUGUGUUCAAAGCUAGCAAUGGCAGCAGCAGCUUCAACAGAUCCUGUUUGGAUGAAGGUCUGCCUUCUCCGUGUGCCUUCAUCGCUGCUGUGUCUGGCACGAAUGGCAGCGUACUCUGGGAAAGGCCUGCUGCUGAAGAGGUUGAAUGGAUGGAGUGUGGCAUCAAGCAGCUCGGUGGGGCUCAGGGCCCAGGUUGCCUAGUCGUGGGGAAGCCGGUGUCUCUUACUGCAGUUGACCAGCAGACAGGGGAUGUUCAAUGGAGACAGUCCAGUGACUUUGGAGCUAAUUAUACUGUGCUGACUCCCUUGUCAGCGAUUCCAGAUGUGGAUAGUGACGGCGUUCAGGACCUGAUAAUCUUUAUUGCCGCAGAAGAUAAGAUUAAGACAUUCAUCCAUUCAGGAAAAGAUGGCAAACAGAUAGGAUCCACUGGAAGCCUGAACGUGGAUGGGAAGGCUCGUUAUAUCAGGCUUGCUCUGAAGCCUGACUCCUACUACUACCUUUUCUAUACAGCAAACUCUCUCUAUGGAUACUCCCUGAAAAAUCUCUACAGUGCAGCAACUGGGAUGGAAAUGAAGCUUCCCAACCUUGAGCAAGAUCCUCAGUGGGAGAAGAACAUCGACCACACAACACACCGCUUACCCCUUCUCGGCUCUGGGGACAUUCGCUACCUGGCAAAAAUUCCUGGUGGGUCAGGAGAGAACAUCUUGAUUGUAACGUCAGAGAUGGCUAUGCUGAUCAAUGGACAAAAUCUUCAGAACUUGUGGACUCUCAACGUGUCCCAUAUUAUGAGUGAGCCGCUGCUUGGUUACUACAAACCCGAUGUUCUUGGUAUUGUCCUUGAGAGUGAAAUCGGACCCAACAAGAAGAAGGUCAUGAUUGUUGAGGCUGGCUCUGGAGCAGUCCAGUGGGACCUGAAGCUGAACUCGAGAGCAGAGAGCCCGGGACCAGCCACGCUUUCAACUGCCGAUCACCGGUCCACCUUCCUCUUCUGGGGGGAAUACCAGAUACCAGGAAAUGAAACAAGAUCCAAAGCUGCUCUCCAGAAGCUGUAUCUCUUCCAUCCUUCCUACACUAAUGUCCUCUUGGAGCUCCGCAAUAGUACAGACCAAAUAAUUGCAUUCAAUGCCGCGCUGUUUGAGCGGAGCCGUCACGCCUGCUACGUGUUGUUGAGGGGGCCUCAGCCCAGCCAGGAACCGGGGUUUGUGUCUCUCAUGAAGCGUAAGCUGAAAGAGGAUGUCUCUGAGAGCAAGGUGAUCUGGCUGAGCCAGGUGGCUCUGGACAACGAGCAGUACAUCCGGGACCGCCUCUACAGGAUGCGAUUCCACAGCCGAGUGUGAGCGUGCUGAGAGCAGGAGAGGCUGCCCCGGCCCAGGAUCCUCCAAGUUGCCUCUCCUCUGCAGCAGCACACUUAGCAAACCCAGAUCAUGGUUUCGAAUGAGAAGCUGCCUUUCUUGAUCCGCAAACCAAAGUGCAGCUGGUGGGAAGGUGCCCCCAGUGUCUGGGUACACCCAGGCUGUGGGAGCAGCUGCCAGAGCACCCGUCCUUGGAGCUGAGGGGACUUCAGUGCUUGGCCUCCACUGAAGUGUUGUCAGUUCAGGGAAGAGGGCUUUCCUCUCAAUCCCUCUGUGUCCACAGAGCCAGGCUGACCCAGCCUGUAUCUGGAGGAAAACACGUGCUUGCUGGGGAUGCCUGAAUUGAUUGUUUCUUGGGUGCUUAUGUGAGGAGAUGUGGGGCUUCGAUGCGUGAUGUUAAAUUACCUUUCUGAGUGAGCUUUCCUGACUACUGGAGGGGUGCCUGGCCACAGGCUGAUUUGCAGUCACCCUUUCCUGGGUUUGGUAGUAGUGGGGUGUAUGUCGUGAAAGACCCCAGCGACGACUGACAAUGUGGCUAGGUGUUACCCGGGCCAGUAGGGCAUUAAAGUGUCAUUCUACUUAGAAAACGACCUUUUCUCCUAAGAACAGCCCCACGUUCCUCACUCUACUGUCACACAAACCUACCUGUGUCUGACUUUAGUGCCGCUGGCUUUCCAGUCAGGCUUUGCAGCAUUGGCACCUCGGAGGGAGCUGGACUCCCACCUACCCGAUGAAUGCAUCAACACCUCCCCCUGCCCCAGGUGGUUAUAGGUGAUAUAAAAGCCACCGUGAGCUCAGGCUGGCUGAUCCCUGUUGGUAUAGACACUUUCCUGCUGCUUUCAAGGUGUGGGGGCUCUAGGAUGCUCUUUUUUUUUUUUUUUUUUUUUUUUUGAGAGUAGAAUUGCACUUCAGCCUCUCCUGGGACCUGGGCAUGUCACUCAUGGGAGCCCCGUACCCAAAUGGUAAUGCCAGCUGUCCUGCAAAUGCUUGUUCAGCCUUGCAGCUGCUGAGGAGCCUUCUCCAAGGACUCUCCUCUGCCAGGAGGUGGGCAUGCUGUAAGACACGAGCCCCUGGGAGGAAUGGCACAAGCUCUCUGCAGCACCGCUCCAAGGACAGCCCUGUGCCACCCGUCUGCCUUCCAGGGAGUGGAAGUGAUGCUGGGUAAGGACCCUGGGGUGCAGAUCUCUGCAAGUUUUCAGCCUGGCUGUCCAAAGGAAUGGGUCUUGCUGGUUAGGACAGGUUGCUGUGUGAAGAUGAUGUCUCCCCUGGAGACAUCUUCCGCAUGGCAUGUGUGCACUGCCCUGCUCCUGACGGGCACCAGCGCAUGCUGCAAAAACAGCGUGCAAAGCCUGGAAAACAGUUGGAAUAGGCUGUUCGGUCCUGGAGCUGCUGUCCACACACCAGCUGCACUGUGAGACACAGCCCCUGUUCAUACGCUGCUUGGGUGUCACGUUGGCUGGCAAGCAGAAGGCAGACAGAAGACAGUUGGCUUAACCUGAUGGAGUUUGCAUCCUAAAAAACCCUCUCUCAAGUUUUGCUGGUGCUGGAGAGGAUUUAGUUGGUGCCUUCCUCCCUUGAGUUAUCUCAAAUCAGGGCAUGUGUAGAAAUACUGUAAGAUAAGAAACCUGUGCAGGGCUGUGCGGGUCCAGGCACUGGUUCCUCUCCUGUGGCAUCCACUGAGUUUUGACCUGCUGCUGGGCAGCUCCUGGCGCAGGCAGCUGUUGUAACCUCGGUCUGUGCGCACAUCUUGAAAUCUGGCAGCAAAAUGAGCUGCGGCAUCUGCUGCCGGCCUCUGCAGAUGCAGCAUCAGUGGUCCGACUGGACGCUUACCUCCCGCUUCCAGGCGGUCCGAUAGUCGCCUAAGUAAUGCACUUGCCCCCGCUGCCUCCUGCGGCCUGUGGCUCUGCCUGCACGCAGAGCUGUGCACGAUGGGCCCGCUGGGCUCUGCAGAGCUGUGCCGCAGGCAGAGCAGAGCACUGGGGCACCCAGGCUGUGCCGGGAGGGGGAGGAAGCUGGGAGAAGCUCCCUGGAGAGCACUGGAGAAGCCCCAAAGUGCCCUGCAUUGCAAACGGUGCAUUUCCCCUGCUGUUCCUCUUCCCAGACUUUCCUUGGAGUGAUUCUAGGGGUGGAGGCAGGCUCCUCUGCCGCGUCCCCCAGCUUAGGUUGCCUGUUUGCUCAGCAUGAUAAAGGGCUGAAACGUCGCAGCCCUGCCAGCCCCGAGCCUGUGCCGGGAUGAACGGUGGGUGCAGCUGGGCACCGUGUACGGUUGCUGGCUGGGGCAGAGCCGGGAGCGUGGCGGCGAGAGCUCUGCGGGGAAGCUCCGGCGCUUGCAUGCUAAUCGGAUUUGCAUGCUGGAUGCAGAUUAUAUCCCACUGAAAUUCCCAUUGCAGGGGACAACUUACCUGGACUGUAUUCUUACUAUAAUGACACUGUCUCGGCGCUCUCCCUCCUCAGGUCGCUCCGCAGACCUGACCCUCUCUGGUAGGUACACUGAACAGGUUCCCUCCGGAGAGCUGCACUCUUAGCUCCGGGGGGCUUCUCUGGCUUUAAGUUGCCCAUUUAUGUUUCCACGUUGUUUGGAGACCCAAAUCUCCCUGUGGCAGCUCAGUUACAAACAUCAGUGCCAAAUCAGCACUCUCUUAACAAAGCAAGUCCUUUUUCCAUCUUAAUUCCCUGUGUAAUUGUUUUUUUGCUGUAUUUAAUGAAUGACUUUGUGCCUUGAUUCAAUAACUCAGAUGGGUGAUGAUGGCAUAUAUCACUGUGUUAUGUAUUAGUGUUGUUUUUUUAACACUAAGACUGGUUUGGUUCUUUAACUUAUUGCAAAUUGUGCUGUAUAGGACUUGGUCUAACCAUAAUGGUUUCAAUAAAUCCUCUUUUGCAUUGUUUGUAAA